UGUACUCCUAUAUUGGUAAUUUUCUCGCUCCACCCUUCCCUCAUUUCACCCUUCUAAACAAUUCUUCUCUCUAACCGCCCUACCUCUGUAUAAAAACAGAUCGCGUCAUUCUCAAAACAAUCAAAAAGGAAUUUCCAGUCAUUACCGGAGUGAGCACCUCUGAUUCAAGGCACUGAUCUUGGCCCCUCUCUUGAUUUUCUUUAAUUUAAUUUUUCCUUUCUUGAUCAUAUUUUCGUUGCGUGCCUCUGAGAUAUAUAUGAUUGUUGUGUUGUAUUGUUUCUGUUAAAUAUAAUACUCCGUAUAAUGCAGUUUCGAAAAUGCCCAUUUGUUUAAUUUCCUGUAGAUAUUAAUUAAUGUUUGAUGCAUCUAUGAAUAAAAGCCUGAAACUUUAUGUGCGGGUUUGGUGAAUAAUGGCGUAAUAGGUGUAAAGUUGGGGUGGGUUUCCAGGAGAAGAGAGAUUCGAGGAGUAGUUUGGAAGCUUGAAGUGAUCAGAAGCAUAAUAUGUAAGGAAAUGGUGACUACUGCAUUUAGAAAGAUUGUAUACCCUUGUUGGAGGCCUUCAAUUGAGGACGAAGGCCAAGACUGGAGCAAUAGAGGUGGGGACCCGAAUGGCCAGGUUGAUGGGCUAUUGUGGUAUAAGGAUUUAGGGAAUCAUGUCAAUGGGCAAUUCUCUAUGGCUGUAAUUCAAGCAAACACUGUACUGGAGGAUCAGAGCCAGCUGGAAUCUGGUCCGAUGAGCUCGGUUGAAACGGGCCCACAAGGGACAUUUGUGGGAGUUUAUGAUGGUCAUGCCGGUCCUGAGGCUGCCCGCUUCAUAUGUGAUCACCUUUUCAACAACAUCAAGAAAUUUACCACACAAAAUCAAGAAAUGUCAGCAGAGACGAUAAGCAAAGCAUAUUUAGAAACAGAAGAGGAGUUUCUUUCCUUAGUGAGAAAGCAAUGGCUCAUGAAACCCCAAAUCGCUUCAGUGGGGUCAUGCUGUUUGGUUGGCAUAAUAUGCAACGGCAUGUUGUACAUUGCAAAUGCCGGAGAUUCCCGUGCAGUAUUAGGAAAAGUUGAGAAACACACGAAAGAUGUUAAAGCCGUUCAGUUGUCAUACGAACACAAUGCAAAUCUGGAAUCCGUUAGAGAUGAACUAAAGUUGUUGCAUCCCGAUGAUCCACAGAUAGUUGUUCUAAAGCACAAGGUUUGGCGCGUCAAGGGGCUUAUACAGAUAUCAAGAUCAAUAGGUGAUGCAUAUUUCAAAAGAUGGGAGUUCAACAGGGAGCCUUUGUUGCCAAAGUUUAGGGUAACUGAACCCUUCCAUACCCCAAUCCUUAAAGCCGAGCCGUCCAUACAUGUCCAUAAAGUCCUCCCUGAAGAUCAGUUUCUUAUACUUGCAUCGGACGGCUUAUGGGAGCAUCUUACCAACCAAGAGGCAGUUGAAAUUGUCAACUCUUCCCCGCGCAAUGGUGUUGCUAGAAAACUUGUGAAAGCUGCACUUCAUGAAGCAGCAAAGAAGCGAGAAAUGAGAUACUCAGACUUGAAAGAUAUAGACAGGGGCGUGAGGAGACAUUUUCACGACGAUAUCACAGUUAUUGUUUUGUUCCUAGACAACCAUUUGAUUAAUCGGACUUCCACCCACGGGCAAGUGCUUUCAAUUAAAGGAGGCGGAGGUACUUCUUUAGUUGCCGCGGGAUAGUUUAUUCUUUUCUAAGAAAAAAUAAUCUUGUCAUACAUUUAUCAUGAAAAUCUUUUGAGGAGAAUAUACAAUUGGGGAAUUGUAUAUGUAUAGGCUAGUUUAUGUUCAACACAUUGAACUAAGGCGGAGUUCAGCUAUGUAUGGGUGAGGGGCAUGGAUUUAAUGGAUGGAGGUGGUGGUGGUUCAAUUUUGAUGAGAAAAAAAUGCUCAGGACUUCUUUUUCAGAGUAAACUUUGAAUUACUUCGUAAUUUCGUAUUGUUUAUUCUUUUACCUGCACUCAAUAAUAUAGUCACAUUCUCCAGUUUUCCUUUAUGGACCUUCUAAAUGUGUCAUCUUUGUUAUUGUUGCUUGAUGUUUCAAUUUCACGGAAUUAUAUGAGAGUAUGAGACUCUAUUUUG